UGUUAUAAUCAUGUUUACAGUGAUCAUCACGAUUAUAAACAAAUAAAUUACAGUACGUAUAAAUCUUCAUAUUCAAACAGUAAAGAAAAAUACAGAAAGCAAGGUGAUAUAAAACGGAUAUGAGGACAUCAAGGAUGGGAACAGUUUUCACAUUUAUGUUGGUUUUGUGUUUAACUGGAUGCCAGGGACGACCCAAUUUCACCAACGAACAACUUCUUAACCGCGUUUUAGAGUUAGAGAAAAUUGUGGAACAGCUUCUGAAAUUGUCAGGUAAAAUGAUGACUUCCAACACUGCUUCGUCAAAUGAUACAGCUACUCGGGGAAAAUGGACAAUGACUGAAGAUAUACUACCUACGACAACAGACGAUGAAGUGGGAUUCCACGUGGCAUUGUAUAAUGACGUCAGUGUUGCCUUCGACGAGAAGAUAGUGUUUGACACAGUUGAACAAAAUAUUGGUCUUGCUUACAAAAAAACCGAUGCAGAGUUCCAAUGUCCAAUAUCUGGGACAUAUCUUUUUGCACUUACAAUAGCCUGUCAAAGAGACACCUAUGUUGAAGUCUAUAUUGAUAUAGUUGACGUCGAUGGUAACUCUAAAAACAACAUUCUGAACACCGCUUGUGAUCACCGGAAGCGAACUUUUCAGGACGGAAGCGUUUUAUACAUUGGCAAUACUCAAAAUGGAGGAACUGCGAUCAUUUCUCUGUCCAGCGGUGACCGUGUUAUGGUAAAAAGAGGGCUACCAGCUAGUGGUUUAAGUACGAUCACUGGAAGGGGAUAUUCCACAUUUACUGGGUAUCUGCUUAAGGCUUAUUAGACGUAUCAGUACUAAAGGUGAAUUGCGCUAAGCCGUCAGAAAUUCAUCAUACUAGUUACAGAAAACAUAGCCGAAUGACUUUAACCAUAUCUGGUUUUGCUGCAUAAAUGAAUAAAUUUUAAUGAUGGCUUAUUUUAUUUGCAAUUAAAGGCACAUUCAGUCAUAGAAAUAAAUACACAAAGGGCACACAUGUGUUUUAUCAAAACUGUUAUAUACAAAUGUAAAUGAAUUUUAAAGAACAUGUAUUACCAUUCUUAUAUUUUCUUAUAAGGACUACAUAGGUCAUUUAAAUGCCAAAAUGGACACCUACACAGGUAUGCAAAUUUACCUUAUGGUUUAAAUAUAUGUAUAAAAAAGUUAUCCUAUUCUAUUUACACUUAUUUAACAAUUUUAUUGCUUACAAAAGCCUGACUCAAAUAUCUCUUAAAUAAGCUUAAUUUAGGGACUGUUUUCAAAGUUUGCCUACAUUGUCUCAGAAGUGCAUUAUUUUAUCCUGUCCACUAUUUAAUAUUUUUACUGUGUUGUUUUUAUUUCAUUAGACUUUUAAAAUAUCAUGUACUACAUUUGUUAUCAAAUUUAGCAUUAUUCAUCCAAUAAAUACAUG